AUGUCGUCAAUCGACAAAAAUGAUGACUUGCACGGCGAGAAGGCCGCCAUUGAGCAAUCCGAGGUCUUGGUCAAUACGGAUCUCAUGAACGAUGCCUUCGAUGGCGAGAACCGCGAACAUGAGAUGUCUACGUGGGCGGCCAUUAAGAGCCACCCCUGGGCUUGUUUAUGGGCAUUCACCAUGUGUUUCACUAUUGUCAUGGAGUCCUUCGACAUGUUCCUGAAUGGUAACUUUGUCGCGCUUCCCCAUUUUAAAAAGGUGUACGGCGUCGAGGUCCCGGGACACGGUAAAACUAUUGAAACCAAAUGGCAGAGUUCUCUCUUCCAGGCUGGUCAAUGUGGCGCUUUCAUCGGUGUAUUCUUGGCCGGUCCCAUCACUAACAAGUUUGGCUACCGCUGGACUACUAUCUUCGCCCUGAUGCUUAUGAACGCCACCAUCUUUGUUUCCUUCUUUGCCAACUCACUCACCCUCCUUGUGGUCGGCCAAGCCCUAGAAGGUGUCCCUUGGGGAUUCUUCAUUGCAAACUCCCCCGCCUAUGCCAGUGAGAUUGUUCCUCUCUCCCUGAGAGGUGCCUGUACAGCUACACUGCAAAUGAGUUGGUCCAUCGGUUCAAUCAUUGUCGCCGGAGUAACCUACGGCUUCAAUAAGCGCAACGAUGAGUGGGCUUGGCGAGUGCCUCUUGCCUUACAGUGGAUCUUCCCUACUCCCCUCUUGAUCCUCCUUUUCUUCGCUCCCGAAUCACCUUGGUGGCUGAUCCGCCGCGGACGCAAAGCAGAGGCCCUUCGUUCCAUCGAGCGGCUUGGUAGUAAAUCCCACGAGGAAGCUCAGCAGUCCCUUGCCAUGAUAGAGCGAACCGUUCAGAUCGAAGCUCAGAUGGGCGGGUCCCCAACUCUCCUCGACCUUCUCAAGGGAACCGACCUAAGACGAACAAUCAUUACCUGCUUGAUCUAUGCGUCGCAGAACUUUGCCGGUAACUUGAUUGCCAAUCAAGCAACUUACUUCUUCGAGCAGGCCGGCAUGGGGCCCGAACGUUCCUUCCAGCUCAACCUGAUCAACUCGUGUCUGCAAUUGGUUGCCAACAUAAUCGCUCUGCCUCUGGCCUCCUCAUUUGGUCGCCGAACCAUCUAUCUCUGGGGCACAGCCACCAACGUGACUCUGCUCAUGGUCCUUGGUGUUUGCGCCUCUAUCAGCCAGAACCAAGCAACCAACUACGCCCAGGCCGUUUUGGGAAUCCUUAUCUCCUUUGUCUUUGCCGGUAGUCUCGGACCCAUCUCGUACACCAUUAUUGCCGAGACCUCCUCCGUCCGUCUUCGCGCUUUGAGCACCGGUGUUGGUCGUGCCGCCUACUACGUUGCCGAGAUCCCCAUGAUCUACCUUGCUUCGCAGAUGCUCAACCCCGGUGGAUGGAACCUCGCUGGAAAGUGUGGUUAUGUCUGGGGAGGUACCGCUUGUGUCUGCUUCGCCUCGGCCUACUUCUUCCUUCCUGAGCUCAAGGGCCGUUCUUACCGUGAGAGUGAUAUCUUGUUCAAUCGCAGGAUUCCUGCUCGGAAGUUCAAGUCGACCGUUAUUGAUGUUAGGGAUAACGAGCAUUCUCGGCGUCGAAACGGAAAGCUGGCUUCCUGUGAGCCUUGCCGUAAAGACAAAGUGCGGUGCGACCAUGCCCAGCCUGUGUGUGAACGCUGUCAGAAACGGGGUUACACCAGUAGUCGGUGUUUCUACCAUCCUGCGCCGUUGACCAGCACCAGAAGACGACCAGAUAGGCAUAGUCAGAUUCACCUAUCACCUUCGCCUUCCUUGAGAAAUCUAGGCAACCCCAUGUCUGACUCUGAAACCCUGGACGCUUUGGCAGAAUGCCCGUCAGUUAUUCAGCCGGCACUUCGAACUGAACAGUUGCUGCCAGCGGGGUACUUGGGCCCGACAAGCUUCAUCGCAGGGCUUGAGGAGAAUGUUGAUCUUUUUCUUCAUAGUGAACAGUCAAAUACAGUUGGAAGCGAGAAUUCCACCAUAGCUCUAUCUCCUGGGUUAGUCAAGAAGACCGCAGAGAUUCUUCGCUGCUUGCAAGAUUUCUCUGCUAUUAAGAACUUGGUCCAGAAAUACUACAGCGUCUCUCAAACUGCCGUCAUUCCAUCAUCAUUGAUCCUCAACGCACUGGACGAGCUUGAGGUCACUGUUAACGCAAUUUUGUUUGGGCCAGCCUCUGAUGAACAACUGUUUACAUUCAGCACAUUCGUAAUACACAAUACUAGCAAGGCUUUGAAGAUCCCACAGAACAGCGAUGGGACAGUGUUUCACAAAUGUUUUACUGGCCCUUCUCUUCGCUUGGAGAUCAUUGGAGUUAUAUGCGCUCUAGCAGGCCGGGCCAGCUAUUUCGGGCUAGCUGACAGUGCAGUUCGUGAUACCGAGUCACGAACCCAAUUCUCUCACAAAAUGUUGGUUGCAUGCGAUCUUACUAUUCACAUAUGCAAGAGUCUAACGGGCUUGAAUGAUCUUUCUCUCUGGCUUGUCCACGAAGACCUCCUCUUGUCGAAACUGCUUCGGGGUGAUUCUAGUUCGGUGACAUGGAACCGCCUAGGUGAACUUGCCACAGAUAUAUUUGAGCUUGGUGCGCAUAGGGACACCCCUAGCUUAUUACCGCUUUUCAUUCUCGAAUCCCGACGAAGGCUCUUUGCGGCUUCCUAUCAGCUCGAUAAAAGUAUUGCGACUUUUCUUGGACGACCACCUCGCAUUUCAUGGAGGCACUCUGAUUGCCGUCUUCCUCUCGAUAUCAGUGAUGUGGAUUUGGCUGGGCACACCCACAUACUAGAGGCUGCCCGGCGCUCUUUAGAUUCUAAUGGAUGGAAUACAAAAAAGGUCUAUCAGCAAGCAUCUUGGAUACGGCUACGAUUUAUUAUCAGUACAUUCCGAGAAGAAAUUUUGGAGCUGUCACUUCAAAAUCCAAGUCCAAAUAGAACGGAACAAUUGCGGGAUGUCUCUAGUCGCUGCUACGAGGCUUGGAAUUUGUUGCCCGAACAUCUUCAAUAUACGUCCAGUUGUUGGGAGUCCGACCUUCCUAUAGGAGUGAAGUUGAUAUCGAUCAUUUCAUAUCUCGCCUACCUUUACAAUGAGUUCUCGAUCCAAAGCCUAUUGUACCAGGAUUCUAAAAAAUCCAAUGCUGCGCUACUAGACGUCAGCUCUGAAAUUCUCUCCACUGUGUUGACCCUGGGCCGACAGUGGGAGCGAUCUGUUGAUAUUAAGGGUGACUUCACUUGGAUCGCUCUUGUCUAUGGAUUCUCAUGCGCCGGCGUUUUGAUCCGAGCAAUACAGGAGCAAGCUCGGACAGGCCAGCCACUAUUGUAUUCCGGGUCUCGAUCAUCCCUCAUUCGCAACUUGAGCGUCUUUAUCUCACAACUGGAGUCCAUGGCCGGUCCGGAGCAGGCGACAUCUCCAUUAUUCAUCCGUGCAACGUCGGUCUUCUCGGGUAUUAUCGACGAAAUAUUGGAGCCGAGACCUGAAGUUCCCGUCGACGGCACCAAUCUUGAUGCGAUGUUGGAUUCUGAUAUUGACACUUUCUCUUUUGAUCUUCAGGGGAUGGACUUGUUUGGGACCCAGGAUUUUCGGGUUGCCUUUGAUGAUAUGCUUUACUAA